AUGGUUGUCACGGCCCUGGCUCACCACCCGACGGUGGCCCAUUAUCUCAGAUUCGUUGCUACUACGGUCGGCCGCGACAAAAUCCUGCGCACCCUCCAGUACUUUUCCCGCUUCUACGCAUGGUACCUAUACCGCACCAACAACCCGCAAUCCUCCAUUGCACCCUUCGAAGCCAUCAAGAAGCAAUUCGCCCUCACCCGCAAACUGCUCCGUUUCGGCAAGAACGUCGAGCACUUCAAGGCCGCCGCCGCCCUCCUCGACUCUCGCUCGUCAACAGCUCCGGCCGACCCCGUACUCAAAUACCUCGGCAUCGGCCGCCAGCUCGGCUAUGCCAUCUACCUCUCCUUCGACAUGGUGUUGUACCUAGAUGCUGCGGGGAUGCGCAAGUUGGCUAAUGCGAAGGCGAUGCAGGCGCGCGCGCUGCGCGCGUGGAUGGCCGGAUUGGUGUGCAGCGCGCUUGCAGGGGCAUAUUCGUUGUGGAUCUUGAAGGAGCGGGAGAAGGCUGUUAAUAAGAAAGAUGGCGAGAGCGUGGUUGAAGGGAAAAAGAUUCAAAAAGAACGCACCGCUGUCGUUACCCAGCUCGUCUCAGAUUGCUGCGACCUCACCAUCCCCAGCACUACGCUUGGCUACGUGAACCUGGAUGAUGGCAUUAUCGGCCUUGCCGGUACUGUCAGCUCCCUGAUCGGUGUACGGGCUACCUGGAGGAAAACUGCAUGA